UUCCCUUCACAAAGCAGCAGCUUCAUACCACAAUUUCAACACCGUUUACCCUCACCCUUCAAGAACAUCUUCUUCAUCAUCAGGAAAGCCAUGUCGAACAUUCCCACCUCCCUCUCCGAAUCCUCCCUCACCGCCUUCCGCCUCGCCAUGUCGGUCGCCGACCCGUGGCCGUUCGCUUGACUGCAUCGUCUCCUCUCCGGCUUGUUGAACUCUCUCGCGCUUUCUUUCGUGUUCAUCCAGUCAAUUUUUUUUUUUGGUUAUAAUCGAGGCAUAGUCAAGAUCCACCCAAUUUAGGAGUCGUGAUCAUGGGGAAUAACAAGACGAGAGGCUUCAUCCUCAAGAAGCACCUCUUCCGGGUCUCCAAGUGGAUCAUGGGUCGGACCCAAAGCCCCUCCCGAGGUUACUGCCGCCUCGGCGCGUCGCCAUCGGGGCCACGCACGAUCAAUCCUCUGUCGAAGCUCCUCUCUUGGUGCCGCUGCCUGACGAGCAAGAGGACCAAGUCUUUAUUCUCUAGCAAGCCUGUCGGGUCGGGCUACGUGCUCGAGGGUCAAGACCCGCUUGAGGAAAGACCCACGAGGAUGACGACGACGACGGUGCCUAAGGGCCACUUGGCCGUGUACGUGGGUCGAAGGAGUGGCGAAUUUCGCCGAGUUUUAGUGCCCGUGGUUUACUUCAAUCACCCGCUGUUCGGGGACUUGCUGAGAGAAGCCGAGGAGGAGUUCGGGAUAAGUCAUCGUGGAGGAGGGAUCACCAUACCUUGCGAGGUCUCAGAGUUCGAGAGAGUGAAGAGCCGGGUCGCCACUGCCGGUUAUGGUGGCCGGAGGAGCACUUGGAAGAAGCAUCCUUGAGGAUGGAUGAGGAUGCCACUGGACAUAAACUAGGUUUAUGAUGAUGACGAUGAUAAAAGUUAGAUUGUGUGUUGUGAUGAAGAUCGUUGGGAUUUAUCUAGAAAGUUUUAAUCUUUACUAUUUACUAAUCAUGUUCAAGGAUUCUUCUUUUCGCAGUUAAAACGAUCCUUCUUGAGAUGUGUAGACUCCACUCAAAUGUAUUUCAAAUAGUAGAGAGCAAUUCGAAAAAUUUCAAUCUUGAAUGCA